AUGAUCUCUCCUAUCAGUAUCCUACCAGUUCUUUGCCUGCUUCAAUACACGCUGGCAGACCCGUGUACUUCGUAUACCCUGCUUAGCGGGCAGUACAAGCGCUCCGGUGGUUAUACACUACAAUCGUCAGAUACCGCUGUCAGUGACAAUUUUCUAUCCACUGGGUGGUAUCGAUUUGAUAGUGGGGCGGGAAAUGAUAUGGUUACAUCAGCUCCUGCUAUGAGCCAGUGUGGUACUUUAUUCCCAAUGUGGAUGCAAGGUACUCUUCCCUCUGACGCUGACGGGGAGGUAACCAGAACAGUCUGUAUUGUGGGUUUUGCUAAUUCAUGUGACAGUACUUUAACGAUCAGAGUAAAGAGUUGUGGCGGAUAUAGAGUAUAUUACCUUGUACCCGCUCCUCAAACGGCUACUGGAUACUGCAUAGGAGAGGAAUCACCCUGUCCAUCAGAUCAAACAUCAGCGUCUGGAUUCACACCUUGUCAAGCACUUUCCCCUGUGAACACAGCACCUUCAGUAAAUGUGUCAUUAGAAUAUGGCCAACAGCUCGCUCAGUAUCAACCUUUAGAAGCUGUUUUCAAGUGUCUUCAUAUGGAGCCCUCUGGGGGACCUUACUGGUACGACACCUACUGGUACAUCAACAAAGACGAAGUAAAGGUCAUAGAAUCCAAACCCUACCAGGACAACCAAAGCUGGCUUUAUCCUAGAGACUGGGUCCACAAGUACAACCUGAAUAUGGUGGUAAAGUGUUCAGUGCGAGUACGAUUUUCAGACGGAGGAACACCAGGUCAUCACAACUAUAGCAUGGAAUUUCAAGCCGGAAUAUUUCCUUCAUCCUCUACAUAUUCCGUUAAAGAAGGAGAAACGAUGUCUAUCGAGUUAACAGUGUCCGUGCCUGUUGGUUGUUUUAACAUCGGAUUUAAAGAAGGCUGUUUUGCCCAUCUCUACAUAUUCACCCCGGAAUACCAAGACCAGGUCGGAGCAUGUCAGAAUUACACUGAGCAAGGACCCGUGUCAUUUGAUGAUAAAGCCUGUGGGAUAGAAAUAAGAUCCUCCAGUUGGUGGCUCAGUAAAACAUUGAAUGUUACCGGAAAAACCGACGGAUUUAUUAAUGCCAAAGAUAGAGAUGUAUUUAUCAGACUUGGCUCUGAACGUAAUGGAAUGGAUCCAUCAGGAGUUUGGGACAAUGUGACAAUUCCUGAUAUUAAGGUUUUCCUUUAUGAUGUGGAUAAAGGCAUGAAUAACAAACUUUGUUAUGCUAGAACCGACCCAAGAAUGGAAACGUUCGAUAAAAAAUAUUGGACCGCCCAGCUAGCAGGAGAAUUUAUAAUGUACCGAGAUCUCAGAAGAAAAAUAAGCGUUCAUGCCUUAUUCUCGUCCUGUACCUGGGACGGAUGGUUAGGACAGGGUCCCUGUGGGUGCGGUAUUGCUGUUAGGGUGGAGAAUUCUCUGUUUGUACAUCGUACCUGUGGGGAGAUAUCAUACCGGUACUCCACGCCUCUCAUUCAUCACGACACUGUGUAUCACGUGUGUGACAAUAGGCACAUUGUGGUGGAAACUGGAAAUCCUUGGACAAAGAUUACUCUACCUACUGGAGCUAUUGUAAACUACAGAGUAGGACACAGAUGGUUGUAUAACAUUCACAUUACGCCCUCCAUAUUCGAUGAGGACAAUGUGGAUGGAUUAUGUGGCAAUCCUAACAAUGAUGACACUGACGACUUUAUCCCUCAGGGAUCCACCUCUGCUACCCCAGACAAAAAUGUCUUCCAGUCGAGUUGGAGAGUUGCCAUUAAUUCAACGAUGAGCCUUUUUGGACCAAAUCCAAUGUUGAAGAGCAGUGACUUUGAGCUACAGAAAUACUGUGAAUGUGCCACAAAAGUAUCCAAUUACACUGAUCCACUAUCUAAUCAUUACACUGCAAAUUGUUCCAUAGCAACUCCGGCUCUGAUAUGCUCUCGAAAAACAACAUCAGAAAGUUUCACAUCUACAUGUGAGAACUACCAAAACCGGUACAAGCGUGAAGCGAACGAUAUGGAUUUUUCACAUGAGAUACUUCGAAGAAGUGUGGACUCUGAUGACGUCACAGAUAUACCUCCUCUCACAGUAGAUCCACAGUUUGAUCCUAACUUUAUCCCACCGACACCUACCUGGAAGAAUGGGUGGACAGAGUCGACUGCUCGUUCACACUGCGAGAAUGCUGUCCUUAGUGACCCAGCUAGAGCAGAAUGUCAGAAAUACAUCCCAAUGGAGAACAGAACCAACAUUGCCAUAGAAGAAUGUAUUCUGGAUAUACGGGAUGCCGGAACUACGGAAUUUACAAGCUACACUAUCGAGUCGCUUAAACAAUUCUGUUUUGAAGAAAUAAAAAAAUACGAGAUUUACUACGACACAAAUGGGACCCAAACAGAGUCUGUCGUAGACAGGAUCGGAAAAAUCGUAUGUCCAAAUAAUUGUUCGGAUAAUGGAGUCUGUACUGGAGGUGUAUGCAUAUGCAGUGCUUCAUUCGUUGGUUUCGAUUGUUCACACACCAAAUCAACACCUCCUACCAAUACUUCCUUACCGGAAAAUGGCUUGUGCACAACGAGUAAAAGAGAAUGCGCAAAGACAAAUAUUUACGGUUACUUUUUAGAGGAAAAUAUCCAUGUGAAAUUAAAUUACUUUGAGAUAACAGAUUCAGGAAAAUCAGCAGUGCUAUCUACACACACAACAGUUGCUACGUAUAUUGGGCUAACUAUCAUAAGGGCAGACUUUCCCAUGAAUUCACGUAGGAAAAGAUCAUCAUCUGCAAAUGUUUACGGCAGUGGCUUUGAUAUCAAUCUUUCCUAUGAUGGAGUCAAUUAUGGUGACACAAUGACACUUAUCAUAUAUAAUGAUGAGUGCUACAAUUGUAAUGCAUCAACAUUUGAAUGCACUUUGAAGCCGUCUUGUCCGACAGCAACGACAACAACAGCAACAACAACUGAGCAAACCACAAGUGGGACAAGAAGUACAUGGUCAGCAACUUCCCAGACUCCACCCACAAAACAAGGAGGUGGACGAUGGCAGCCACCAGAAAAACCAGAAUCUGAUGAAGAGGAAAAUGUCCAUAUGGGUUUGAUACUUACUCUAAUUGUACUCGCCGUCCUUAUUCUGGCUGUUGUCAGUGCUCUACUGUAUAUGAAGUUGCGACCCUCAAGGAAACCGAGUCCAAUGACUGAUGGCACCAGCACCGUUGAAUGCAGUCAACCACCUCGUCAACAUUACGACACCAUAUCACAGGGCCGCUCUCGGUCCCCUCCUCCUAGAUACGACACAAUUAGUCCUGUUCCACACAGCGACAAAACUCCUACUGAACAAUCAGAAUCUCGUCCACAGACAGCUUCUGGUAUUCACGUGUACUUUGAAAACAAGGCUUACAGCGAUAAUUAAAUUAAUGAUUCCAAUUGUGAUGUUUUUGGAGGAUCAUGUGUGACAUGCCUCCAACCUUUUUUUUUUGUUUAAAUGAACUUUUUUACCAUAUUGAAUU